AUGAGUGCGGCAGGGUCAUUCGGAGCUAUGACUGGGGAAAGGCGUCGUGUGGCUCAUCGACCCAAUGAAUCAGUGAAAGAUGUCAUACGUGGGUUGGCUUUUAAGAAGCAAUCCGUUGCACAGAUGGUGAAUUUACUUGCAUCAAGAAGCGGCGGUAAAAAGGACAGUAGGACGCAGCUUCAGCAUGGAUCGAAAGAAAUGAAAAAAACACGAUCAUUUAAUCGUAACCGACGUUUGAUGUCAUCAUCGGAGGAGGAAGAAUUGGUUGAAAGUGGAUCAAAUGACGAGGAAUUAAACAAUUUGAAAACACCAUAUGCAGCUACUAGUUGGAGAAGACAGAAUUCAGAUACAGAAGUAAUCGAGGAUAAGAAAGAAAUGUCCGAAGCACUUUCGAAAAGUGUUCGAACUAUACCGAAUAUUAUGCAAAAAGAUCUAACUUUUGAAGAAAGGCUGCGAGCAUUAACAGAUAGCGAAUCAAGUGAUCAACAAACUGAUCCAAAACAAGGCGUGAAGUGGUUGUGCAAGCCACGGUUGAAUGGUUUUCUAAAACAAGACGAUAUACAUAUAGCCACUCAACUGGCUGCUAGGAGAGGUGGACGGAAAAGGGCAGUCAUUUCUUCGUCUAGUGAUGAAAAACCUGAAAGCGAUGAAGAAAGAGUUCCAAUAAGUUUGAAAAUGAUGGUGAAAAGAGCUAAAAAGCACAAGAAAUAUGCCAAUUCAAGCAGUGAAGAAAGUGAGAGUAACGAACAUUAUGAUUCGGAUAGUUCGGCACGAGUGGGCAAAAGCGAUAGUAAUAGUGAAAGUGGUGAGGUUAUGGAGCGACGAAGUCUUCGAAAUACUCCCUCAGCAAUGGUUUUAAAAAAUUGUUGUGUGACGUUUUUUAACGAAGCUAGUCGAACAAUAUUGAUGGAAACUCCACGCAUAAAUGAUAAAGUAGCUGAUUUUAUAAUCACUAAUCGACCAUUUCGGGAUUAUGAAGAUUUGGAAUGCCAUCUUUUGCAAUGUCCACGUGGAUCCUAUGCUGCCGAGCAAUAUUUAGAUUUUUUGGAAAACCGAAGUAUACUGGAAAAUAUCUUGGAUGAUUGUCGUCGACAUUCAGAAGAAAUUUAUUCUGCUUUGGAAUCGGUUAAAUCCAAACAGUUGCAAAUGAAGCCAGAACUACUUAAUGAAGAGUGCGAACUUCAUCAAUAUCAACAAAUUGGCCUGAAUUGGCUUAUGAUGAUGCAUAAACUAAAAUUGAAUGCUAUUUUAGCUGAUGAAAUGGGCCUUGGGAAAACAGUUCAAGUAAUAGCUUUUAUAACUUAUUUAAAGAGUGAGCAAAUCAAGGGACCCCACUUAAUUGUAGUACCAUCUUCGACAAUUGAAAAUUGGCUCAGUGAAUUUUCAAAAUGGUCUCCUAAAAUUAAUAUCAUUACAUAUUAUGGUAGCAUUACUGAUAGGAGGCAACUACGACAUAUGGCAACUGACAAGAACAUAGAUGUUUUACUGACAACUUAUAACAUGGUUGGAUCUAAAGCAGAAGAUCGGAAAUUUUUCAAACGCUUCCGGAUAAAUUAUGUCAUUUAUGACGAAGGUCAUCUGUUGAAGAAUUGUAAUACUGAUCGUUACAGAAAUCUUAUGAAAAUUCACGGUGAGAGAAAAAUUUUGAUUACCGGUACGCCUCUUCAAAACAAUCUUGUUGAGUUGAUUUCACUGAUGUACUUUACAAUGACGAAAUUGUUCACAAAAUACUGUGAUAAUAUUGGGCAACUUUUGCAACAAUUUCAACAGAAAAUACCAGCAUUGGAAGCCAAAAAUGGUGCAUUGUAUGAAGCGGAUAAAAUUGAACAAGCAAAAGCGAUCUUAAAGCCAUACAUUUUACGGAGAUUGAAAGCAGAUGUAUUGAGUUAUUUGCCGAAGAAAAAGGACCUUGUGAUCAAGUGUCCAAUGAUUACGGUACAGAAAGAGAUCUAUAUGGAUUUGGUACGUGAAUUCCGUCUAUUAGAAUCAAAUGGUGAAAAAUAUAGCUCAAGCCCAUUAAUGCAAUUGCGACAAGUGGCCAAUCAUCCCUUACUGUACAGACGAUUAUAUGAUGAUGAUAAAGUGAUUCAAAUUGCCAAAGUUUUGUGCGCAAAGGAAAAUGAAUAUCGCAAAAAGAAAUCAGAUCAUGUUGCUGAAGACCUUGCUUUUUUAUCAGAUUUUGCAAUUAGUCAAUUAUGUUCAAAAUUUACCUCAACGCAAAAAUUUAUCCUCAGUGAAGAGGUCGCACUUGAAUCCGGAAAAUUCAAAGAAUUGGAUAAGCUACUACCUUCAAUUAAAGAAAAGGGAGAUAAAGUGUUAAUAUUUAGUCAGUUUACGUCAGUAAUGGAUAUUCUUGAAGUUUACCUCAAAUUGCGUGAUUACCAGUAUUGUCGCUUGGAUGGCUCAACUCCGGUUAUGGAGAGGCAAGAUGUGAUCAAUGAAUAUAAUUCGUCGCCUGAUUUGUUUGUCUUUCUGUUGUCGACCAAAGCUGGUGGUUUGGGUAUCAAUUUGACUGCAGCUAAUCAUAUCAUACUGCACGACAUUGAUUUUAAUCCAUAUAACGAUAAACAAGCGGAGGGAAGAUGUCACCGUAUGGGUCAAACAAAAGAUGUUUUUGUUGUGCGCUUAAUAUCUGCUGACACAGUUGAGGAGGAAAUAUUAGCUCUUGCUCAAAAGAAGCUUGAACUUGAAAAAGAAGUAACGGGUGCUACAGGAGAAAAUAACGAAAUGGAAAAUUUGAUUGUCGAAAAGCUCCUUAAAAAGGCGCUUGCAUUAUAA